AUGACGGUGUCUUACACCCUCAAAGUGGCAGAGGCGCGCUUCGGGGCCUUUUCCGGCCUGCUCCUCCGCUGGAGAGGCAGCAUCUACAAGCUCCUGUACAAGGAGUUUCUGCUCUUCUGUGCCUUGUAUGCUGUGCUCAGCAUCACUUACCGGCUGUUGCUGACCCAGGAACAGAAGCAUAUUUAUGCCCAAGUGGCCAGAUACUGCAACCGCUCGGCAGACCUCAUCCCCUUGUCCUUCGUGCUGGGUUUCUACGUGAGUUUGGUGGUGAACCGUUGGUGGUCUCAGUACACAAGCAUUCCACUGCCGGACCAGUUAAUGUGUGUCAUCUCAGCCAGUGUGCACGGUGUGGACCAGAGCGGCCGUUUGCUACGCCGAACUCUCAUCCGCUAUGCCAACCUGGCAUCGGUUUUGGUGCUACGUUCCGUGAGCACCCGUGUGCUCAAGCGCUUCCCCACCAUGGAACACGUGGUAGACGCAGGUUUUAUGUCUCAGGAAGAAAGGAAAAAGUUUGAGAGCUUGAAAUCCGACUUUAACAAGUACUGGGUCCCUUGCGUCUGGUUCACUAACCUAGCGGCCCAGGCUCGCAGGGAUGGACGAAUUCGUGACGACAUCACUCUUUGUCUCAUACUGGAAGAGCUGAACAGGUACCGUGCCAAGUGUAGCAUGCUGUCCCACUAUGACUGGAUCAGCAUCCCUCUUGUCUACACCCAGGUGGUGACCAUAGCUGUAUAUUCCUUCUUUGGCCUUUCCCUGGUUGGCCGCCAGUUUGUGGAGCCAGAAGCAGGGGCUGCCAAACUCCAGGCACCUCUGGAGCCAGGCAAGGAGGCCUCCGCAGCCCUAGGAGACCUGGACAUGUUUGUGCCUCUGACCACGUUGCUGCAGUUUUUCUUUUACGCUGGUUGGCUCAAGGUGGCUGAGCAGCUCAUUAACCCCUUUGGUGAAGAUGACGACGACUUUGAGACUAAUCAGCUCAUAGAUCGAAAUUUGCAGGUGUCCCUCCUCUCUGUGGAUGAUAUGUACCAGAACCUGCCUCCUGCCGAGAAGGAUCAGUAUUGGGAUGAGGCCCAACCUCAGCCACCCUAUACGGUGGCCACAGCCGCUGAGUCUCUGCGUCCUUCCUUCGUGGGUUCCACUUUCAACUUGCGCAUGAGCUGCGACCCCGAGCAGCAUCUGCAGAUGGAAGCAUCCCUGAAGUCGGACCUGCCUGCGCCUGCCAUGCAGACCCCGCUGCUGGGCCGCUUUCUGGGUGCGGGAGCGCCCUCGCCUGCCAUAAGCCUGAGGAACUUGGGCCGAGCACGUGGCACCCCCAGGACCCCGCACCUGCUGCGCUUUAGGACCGAGUCUGGAGGCGAGGAGGCUGCGGGCCGCAUCGAUGAGGCUUCGGAAUCUGGGGGUGAAAGCCUGGAGCCCUAAGAAUCCUCUGUGGGUGGCUGCCACCCGCCUUCUUCCCCAGCUGCGCUAGGUCCUAUCAA